AUGGGGGGCGGCAGAGGAGUCCCCUGUUCCAGGCAGGCCCAGAACUGCUUGCUAGAGCCGCACAUCCCGCGGGCAGCAGCAGUGGAGUUCCCCACUCCAGGCACCUGUGCCAGGCAGGCCCAGAACUGCUUCCUAGAGCUGCGUGCCUUCCACGGGCGGUGGGUGGUGAUGGAGGAGUUCUCUGCUCCAGGCAGCAGCAGAGGAGUCUUCAGCUCUGAGCGGGCCCAGAACUGCUUCAUAGAGCUGCCACGAAAGCCGCACGGCUCUCGGGGAGCAGGCCCGGCGCUGGGGGCAACGGGGCCCGCGGGUUCUCGAGCUGCAGCGACCGACCGGGGUUCCACCCGCUUCCCGGGGCCUGGGCUCCGUGGGAAGGCGCGAAGCUCCGGGAACGCUUGCGGCUGGGGCCGCGACACCCUCAGGCCUCCUCUAGGUCACUCUUCAGAGUUUUAUUUGGUUUGUAAAUCAUUCUCCUCAUGUUUUUCUUUCCAUUUCAGAGCCACUCAAUACACAUGCAUGUUGCUUAGAUAUUUGUUAGAGCCUAAAGCUGGCAAAGAGAAGGUGGUAAUGAAGCUUAAGAAACUGGAGUCCAGUGUGAGCACUGGCCGUAAAUGGUUAAGACUAGGCAAUGUGGUACAUGCCGUACAGGCCACUGAGCAGAGCAUUCAUGCCAAUGACCUGGUACCCCGUUUGUGCCUGACAUUAGCCAACCUCAACCGUGUGAUUUAUUUCAUCUGUGACACAAUCCUCUGGGUAAGGAGUGUAGGUCUCGCCUCUGGCAUCAACAAAGAGAAAUGGCGAAUAUGGGCUGCCCGCCACUACUACUAUUCUCUCCUGCUGAGCCUGGGCAGGGAUCUAUAUGAAAUCUCCCAGCAGAUGGAACAGGUUGCACACAACAGGGCCAAGAGGGAGAAAUCCUCACCCCGGGAUCAUCUGGAGUACAGCGUGGCUGAUGAGGAGACUGAAUGGCUCCAGUCCUUUCUUCUUCUCUUAUUCCGUUCUCUGAAGCAGCAUCCUCCCCUCCUCCUUGACACAGUGAAGAACUUUUGUGAUAUUCUGAACCCUUUGGACCAGCUGGGAAUCUAUAAAUCCAAUCCUGGUAUCAUUGGACUUGGAGGACUUGUGUCCUCUGUGGCAGGCAUGGUCAUUGUGGCAUAUCCUCAGAUGAAGCUGAAGACCCGCUAGUGUGUUUUCCGGCUGAGAAGUAAUAGUAUCUGCUUUAACAGAUGACCUUUUAGUGGAUUGGACAUUUGCAUUAGUCAUGGACCAUGUCAGACUGUACUUAAGUUCUUGUUCACGAGAACAUUUAGUGACCCGUGAUGUGAGCAGAGGUGGGGCCAAGAGUGCAGAAGGGGAGAUCAUGAAGAUUUCUGUGUAUUUUUUUAGAGUGCUGGAGUGACUUGUGAGUGUAUGGAUAUUUUCUCUUCAUCUAACAUUUAUUGAACCUCUCUUACAUGGAUAGUAGGAGCAUAGUGCUUGCUGAAUAAAUAAAAAUGGAAAG